AUGGCUCAAAAUAGAGUCAACGAAAUGGCUUCCAAAUUUGGGAGGGGAGGACCUCCUGGGCUUGCUAAUGGAAUAAAAGCUGCAGCCAUUAUCGGAGCAACGGCUUAUGGUAUCUCCCAAGCAGUCUACAAUGUCGACGGAGGCCACAGAGCCAUUAUAUUCAACAGAAUAGGAGGAGUGCAACCCCAAAUUUUGACUGAAGGUAUGCAUUUCCGCCUCCCAUGGUUCCAGUACCCCAUCAUUUACGACAUCCGGUCGCGACCUCAUAAGAUCUCCUCCCCAACCGGCUCGAAAGAUUUGCAAAUGGUCAACAUUUCAUUAAGAGUCCUGUCAAGACCGGACGCCAAUAGUUUACCAACAAUGUACAGGACAUUAGGUAAAGAUUACGAUGACAAAGUUCUUCCAUCUAUAUGCCAUGAAGUGCUGAAGUCAGUAGUUGCGAAGUUCAAUGCUUCUCAACUGAUCACCCAACGGCAACAGGUGUCACUACUAAUAAGAAGAGAACUUGCAGCUAGAGCAGCGGAUUUCCAUAUAAUUUUAGACGACGUAUCGCUCACUGACAUGAGUUUUGGUAGAGAAUAUUCAGCCGCUGUAGAAGCGAAGCAAAUAGCGCAACAGGCUGCUCAAAGGGCUUCAUUCGUCGUUGAAAGGGCUAAACAAGAACGACAGCAAAAAAUUGUUCAAGCGGAAGGAGAAGCGGAAGCGGCGGAAAUGUUAGGCAAGGCUGUGUCGAUGAACCCAGGAUAUUUGAAGUUACGUAAAAUCAGAGCGGCCCAAAGCAUAUCUAGAAUGAUUGCUCAAUCCCAAAACAAAGUGUUCUUAUCUGGCGACAGCCUUAUGUUAAAUCUUCAAGACCCUCAGUUUGACAGUUCUUCAGAAAAAUUGUCCAAAAAAAAGUAA